AUGAUAGACUUCGACACGUAUUUGUUGGUGAACAGUGAAACGCUAAAAUCGCUUUCCUUUUUUGAAAUAUUCUUAACCUUUUAUGUUUUAAGAAGACUUACCUAUCUUUUUUUCUUUAAACAUGGAACAAAUUAUAACGUAGAAAUAUGUGCAUGUGAUGAAUUAAAUGUGAAUAACUUAUAUAAUUCAAAAACUGUAAAUUUUGGCAACUUGAAAAAUCAUAACAUAGCACUGUGGAACUUUUUCUCAAAAAUUAUAUUAAAAGAGAAGAAAACAAAUAUAUACACACAUACAUACACGCACACAAACACAAACACAAACACACACGCAAACACGCACACAAAUACGCACACAAACACACACACAAACACGCACACAAAUACGCACACAAACACACACACAAACACGCACACAAAUACGCACACAAACACACACACAAACACGCACACAAAUACGCACACAAACACACACACAAACACGCACACAAAUACGCACACAAACACACACACAUUUUUUCCUAAAAAUGAAGCAUAUCCAGACAAUUAUUCGAAUAUUUGGAAUUUUUAUCUUUUAAAAAUUUUAUUUUUUUAUUUUAACAGACGAAGGAGAAAUUUAAAGCGAAAACGUAUUUAUGAAAAGGAAAAGGAAGAGAUAAAAAAGAGGGAUAAGAACUUCUUCUUUUUAUUUUCCUCCUACAUUAUAUCCUUGUUACACGAGGAAAAUAGCAUUAUUAAAAAAAAAGAUAAGUUACUAUUUUUAUUUUUGUUUUUCUUUUUUUUCACAAAAAGCUCAACUUGGAAAGGGAAAAAAAACUUAAUGAAGGAACCUCUCUUUAACAAUAAAGGAAAAAAAAAAAAUUCAUUUGUUCAUAAUUAUUAUAGUGAAAUUUACGAAAAAGGUAUCUGUAAAUAUUUUAGAAAAAUAAAAGUUAAUGCUAUACGGAAGUUGUUGGACAACCACUUAUGCCACGUGUACAUUUUUGACGAAAAUGCUAAUGAAAACAGUGAGCAGCGGGGAGGAGAGAAAAAAAAAAAUGUUAUCAGCUGUGUAAACAAAGAUACAAGCACAGGUACAAGCAGCGGUACAAGCAUCGGAACAAGUAGCAGAACAAGUAGAAGAACAAAUAGCAGAACAAGUAGCAGAACAAGUAGCAGAACAAAUAGAGGCUCCUGUAUUGGAAGGAGUGGCAAUGGCAAGGUCCUCAUUUUGUGCAAAAAAUCUCUUUUCUACCUAAGUCAAAUAUGCGUAAACUACCUAAAAAUUAUGAACAUGAAGUGUGGAGCGAACCCUAAUUUUACAGUUAAAGAGGAGGAAAUACUACAGAAAGAAGCCUGUCUUUUAAAAUUUUGUACCAAUUAUUAUGUGUCUCAUAUACAUAUUUUUCACAGUUUAAUGAACAUAAGGAAAAAUAAUGCUCUUCACUUAUUUAUGUUGUUAUUACAAUAUAUUCAUAAUAAAAAAAAAUGUAUCAUCCAUAUUUCUAAGGGGAGAUUUAAAAAAAAAAUAUUCCAUCAGAAGAAAAACAUUUCCUACCCCUUCUAUUUUAAGAUAUUUUUAGUGCUUAUAUAUUACAGGUUUUUUCACACACAUAAAAAAAAAAAAGUAUUCACUUCUUUUGUUCCAUUUAUUCAACCUUUCAACAAAUGGGAAGAUGCAUAUAAAUAUAUACCCCUCAAACAAGGUAAUAAGUAUUCACAUUGUCAAACAAACAAACAACACAGAUCUGAAAAAAAAAAGGAAGUUAUCUCCUACUUUACUGCAACAUGUGCAUAUAUAUGUCUUAUACACAAUAAUAGUUAUUAUAACAUAUACUAUAUCUUUUUACAUUUGGUAAGAAAAACGGAAAAUACAUAUCUCUAUGAGAAGAUAAAUCAUUUCAUAAACGAGCUAGCUAAAUUAGACGCGAAGUGUCAAUAUUUGUGGAACAUGAAAAAUAUGCUUUUUUACACAUAUUUGCAUAUAUGUUUGAUGAAAAAUACACAAAUGGUAAAGAAGCAUAAAAAUGAAAAAUUUGGGGAUGUCCCUUUUCUAAAUAAUUUUUCAUUUUUUCAAAGGAGAAUAUCUCCCCAUUCGAAGGAGUGCAAAACAUGUAUGAAUUCAGACAAAUACCACUUGAAAAAAAAUAAAUCAAAUAUGAUGAUAAUAUAUGAGAGCGAAAAUAGAAAAGCACGCCUAAUGAAGCAGCAAAUAUGCUCAGGUAAUAACGUAUGUAAUGAUGGCAUUCCGUAUUGUAAAUGUAAAGCCUUUAAUUGUGAACACAUGACAAAAAAUAAAAAGAGGAACAUAUAUAUUUAUAGGAAUAAUGAAUAUUUAAAAUAUAUACAGAGAAAUUUUGAAUUUUUUUUUAAAAUAUUAGAAUGUAAAUCAUACAACUAUAUGGCUGCCUCACAUAUUUUUACUUUUUGCAAUAUACUUGUUUUUCUGUUCAACUUUAAAGAAGGAGGAUUCUUAGGUUUCAAAAAUAACGAAAUAAUAAAAAAAAAAUUGGAAAAUCAUUAUAAAACUCUUUUACAUAAAAAUAUUUAUUAUUACGCAUUUCAUAGUUCAUUUGUUCUGCUUUAUUUGCAAAAGGUGUAUUGCAUUUUGAUUGAACAUUUGAAGAAAUUUUUUUUUGUUGUGUUGAAGAAAAAUGUAUAUACAUGUAAUUUUAAUUUGCUCGUUAAAGGAGUAGCAUGUAAUGAUAAUAGGAGGACAGGAAAAAGUAACAGAAGGAAGAGACUGAUUCGUCUCAAUUCUAUUAAAAAUGGUAACAGUAGUUGUUCCUAUCACUGUCAGAUAUAUAAAAAUCGAGCUAGCGUAGGCAACAAAAUGAGCAUGCGCAAUUACAAAUAUGGGAAUAGUUAUACCAAGAAGGAAGGAAAGGAAUGGAUUGAAAAGGAACAGCAUGACAUAUCUGAACUUUUGUAUUACAAUAGAAACAAUUCAAAUAACUUAAUUUGUAAUGAUAAUAUUGCUACAAUUUUUUCCAUUAAUUCGAGUAGCUGUGGUUGUAAUUUAAUAAAUAGUUCAAAUAAGCUAGUUAGUGAUAAAAAAAAAAAAAUUUAUAAAUAUCAAAGCACUGUAUUAUCAGUUAUUCAAAAAAGCAGAAACCGCUUCGAAAACGAAAUUAGAAGAAACGGUUAUAUAUAUGUAAAAAGCACUUAUGUCGAAUUUUAUUUGUUAGCAAAAAAAAAAAAUUAUGAACAAGACAGGAACAUUUUGUCUAAUUUGUUAUAUAAAAAAAUAAAAAAAUAUUUAUUAAAUUAUAAAACUUUUUCAAAAGAUAUGAUAAAACUGCUCAAAGAAUUUUAUAGCGAAAAAUGUUACAUAAAUUUUUAUGCUAAUGCUUUGAGAAAUAUUAUGUACUGUGUGUGCAAUUGUAAUUUCUUUUUUUUCGAGAUAUUUUAUAACUUAAUUGUUCCUUUAUUGCUUCAAAAAAAAAAGGACCUGAACAGGCAAGGUGAUAAUGGGGGAAAAAAUGCAAAAAUAAAUGAGCAAAAAAAAAUAAAUCAUCUUUCACAGAUAUAUCAAAAGAAAGGACAAAAAGCACUAACAACUCUGCUCCGCAACUUUGACCGCCAUUUUAUGAAAGAAUUAAAACAUUUUAGAGAGAUUUACAUUUCUUUCAAGAUCAUGUGCGAAGGGGAGCAAAAUGUUCAUAUAAAAUCAGUUAAUCGUCUGUUAAGAAUUUGUGUACGAGCUAAUAAAACUUAUUACAGUUGCUUAAUGAAAAAAGGGAAUAAACAAGUAAAAAGUAAAAAAUGGAUAACCAACCAUUUUCAUAUAUUUUCUCUCAAUACAUAUAAUUUCGACGUGCUUCUAAGCAUUUUAAUUUCUUACAUUAAAAUGAAAAAAAAAAAAAAAGAAAAAAAAGAAGCAAAUAAAAAAAACAAAGGAGAAAAAGAUAGUACUACCUCAAGAAAUUAUAACUCCAUGUUUUUUAAAUGUAUUUUUAAUACAAUCCAUGAACAUGCUUUGCAUAUAUAUCACAUGCUAAAAAUGCAUGUAUAUAAGGAAAAUGAUAAUGCACCCAUUACCAACAAUAGCUGUAGCAAAAGAAUUGCGAACUAUAUGAACUGUAAAUCGGUUAAUGUCAAAAUAAUUCAUAUGAAGAGUUGUAUAAAUUAUACUGAUUUUAGUAAUACCAACAAAAGCGUUAUUAAAAAUGAUAAUGUAAAGUAUAAUGAUGUAAAGCAUAAUAAUGCACAGAAUAAUAAUGGUAAUAAUGACAUGGACAAAAAUACCAUAGAUGGGUCCAAAGCACGUGAUAGAUUAAACUAUUUCGAGCUAAAUUUAAAAGCAAAUCUAAAUUUUUUAUAUAAAAUAUACAUAGAUAUAGAUCACUUUUUUAAAAUUUUGAAAAUUAAUAACUUCACUAUUUUUUACAUUGCAAGAAAAUGUGCACACUCAUCCAAAAAAAUAAAAAAAAAAAUUUUCUUUUUAAAAUUCCUUUUUUCAAUUCAUUUUCUUACGUUUUUAUGUGAACAUAGAUAUAUAUUUUCACUACUAAGGGAAAUAUAUAAAAUCUUAAAAUUUUUGUUUUGUAAAAAGUUCUAUAUAUCGGAUUAG